CGCCGUUGUUUAAUGUUUGUCAGCAUAGGUCUCUGAACAGAAGCAACACAAUAUUUAGAAAACCACAAAAUUUAUCUUCAAAAACUUAUUAAUUGUGAAAUUUGUUAAAAUAUCUUUUAAAAUUAAGAAAUUAAUAACAUUUUCUAUGAAAUAGAAGGUGUGAGUAAGCUCUAUACGACCGGCCAAAUAACAACAGCAGCAAAAACAUACAAAAAGAAGAAUCAUAACAAAAAACAAAGCAUUUUUUUCAUUCUUUUUACCUAAGCUCAAAGAACGUAAAAUUAUAAUCUUUUUUUUUUUUGCGUAGAAGCAUUUUAUAGAUUAAAAGUAAAGUUCAAGAUGAAAAUUACUGUAACAACCACAACGGAUAAAAUCUUUUUUCUUGAUGUUUCGGAGGAAUUGGAAUUAGAAAAUUUCAAAGCCUUUUGUGAGGUGGAAUCUGGUAUUGCCGGCCCACAAAUGGUUGUGGUCUUCAAUGGUAAACCAUUGUUAGACAACCAAAAGCCUCUGAAACAUUUUGGCAUAAAAGAUGGCGAUUGUGUGAUGUUACAAAUACAACGUCCUCCUGCAAGAUCGAGUUUAUCAGCUGCUAGUCGUGGCACUCCAAUGGAUUUGGAUGAAGCUGCUAUACGUAAUUUGGAUUUCAGUAAUAUUAACAUACCCGGCACCAGUACAGGCAGCAGUGCUGGUAACAGUGGCUAUCGUUUAGGUGGCAUACCUACUGGUGGCAAUAUUCUGGAUUACAAUGACUCUGAUGAAUUCAAUGUGAAUUAUGAUGAUGAUCCAGCUGCUGUACGUAAAAUGUUUCUUGAUAAUCCCGAAUCAAUGGCUUUGCUAAAACAAAAUAAUCCUCGCUUGGCUGAUGCAUUAUUAUCGGGUAAUUUGGAAAGUUUUGAAAAAGUCUUAAAAGAACAAAUUGAUGCCCGAAAAGCACGUAAUGCUCAGCGUUUGCGUAUGUUACAUGCCGAUCCCUUUGAUCCUGAAGCUCAACGUAUGAUUGAAGAAGAGAUUAAACAAAAGAAUAUACAAGAAAAUAUGGCUGCUGCUAUAGAGUUACAUCCUGAAGUUUUUGGCACUGUUACAAUGCUUUAUAUAAAUUGCAAAGUAAACGGUGUUCCUGUUAAGGCUUUUGUGGAUUCUGGUGCUCAAACUACCAUUAUGAGUUCGGCUUGUGCUCAACGUUGUAAUGUUACACAUUUAAUUGAUACCAAAUGGAGCGGUAUUGCUAAAGGUGUUGGCACUCAACGUAUUACUGGCCGUAUUCAUAUGGGCAAAUUACAAAUUGAAAAUGAUUAUUUAGUUUCAAGUUUUACGGUUUUAGAACAACAACCCAUGGAUAUGUUGUUGGGUUUGGAUAUGCUCAAAAGACAUCAGUGUAACAUAGACUUGCAGCGUAAUGUCUUGCGCAUCGGUACCACCGGUACCGAAACAAAAUUCUUGCCUGAAAGUGAACUGCCCGAAUGUGCCCGCUUAUCGGGCAAUUCCGAAGAUGAUCUUAAUGUUAUGGCCGAAUCUGCUAAUGAUGCCGAAGAGCGUGCAAUCAAAGAUGCCAUUGAACAGAGUAAACGAGAAGCAGCGAGCAGUGGAGCCUGCUCCACGAGUACGAAUGCGAAUACAAUUGCUCCUGGUGACAAAUUUAGUGAAAAUGAUGUAAGUGAUCUCGUUAAAAUGGGCUUCAAACGUGAUGAAGUCAUUGUGGAAUUGCGUAGAAAUAAUGGUAAUAAAACUCAAGCUAUUGCAGCACUCAUAGCAAAAACUUUAAAAUUUUAAAAUUUUCUUUUUUUUUUUUGGACACAAACAAAAAAACACUCAUUUAUAGUUUUAGUUUUAACAAAAAAAAAAAAGAAACAUAAAUUUAAGUUGAACUUU